AUGGAUGCUCGCUCUCGUAAACUGUGUGCCUGCCUUGGAUAUUCUAUUCGGCUGGCUGGAAAAUCAGAUCUUGAUGAAGUCAGCCAGAUGUUAUGGCAGGCUCUCCAUCUGGUGACUGCAAAAGUUGAUGGACGAAUACCCCUCUCCUUAUUCUCAGCUCUGGAUGAGAAGGGCUUGCAGGUGCAAAUUCCAAGGGACCAUGAUGCAGACUCCAAAGAACACUUCAGAUCUGGAAAAGAAGUCGGAGGCAAGCCCGGGUUGCACACCCAGGCGGAUGAUGCACGAACUGCGACUCAUGCUACCCAGACUGAGGUCGAGGUGAUUUCGCGGCCUCAGUUUGAAACCAUCAUGGGGACUACCAUGGAAAGAGUCUCGGAACUUCAAGGUAUCGUGAACUCCUUACAGCUGCGCCUUGCCACUGUGGAAAAGGAGCCGGACCGACGAGGUUCUACCUGGUCCCCCUCUGUGAUGCCAGAAGCUCUUGAGGUUGAUCAACACAGUGCUCCCUCUUCGUCGUGCAUGGUCCCACAUGCUGUGGGGAAUGUUCUUGCUGUCGAGGAAACUAGCUCUGAAAGGACGUUGCUUACAAGUUUUGAAGACUUAAAAGAGGCACACCGGCAGGAAAGGUUGGCUUUGAGACAACAAAGACGACAUGACCGAAAUCUGCGCAUGGCUCGCUGUAUAGACCCUGAGCCUGACACCUAA